GAGAGCACUUGAACUAAGCCUUGAAGGACAGGGAAGUGACAAAGCACCCAGAGACUGGAGCUGGCAUGUUCGGGGCCAGGAGCAGCCAGAGUGGCUGUGCCGGGCUGGUCCUGUGGGACUGGGGAAGGGGGGUCCCAGAGGUCUGAUGCGCUCUUGUCUCCUGUUCUACAGUGAAUUUGCUGGACACCUCGACCAUCCACGGGGACUGGGGCUGGCUCACGUACCCAGCUCAUGGGUGGGACUCCAUCAACGAGGUGGACGAGUCCUUCAGGCCCAUCCACACAUACCAGGUGUGCAACGUCAUGAGCCCCAACCAGAACAACUGGCUGCGCACCAGCUGGGUGCCCCGCGAUGGCGCCCGGCGCAUCUACGCAGAGAUCAAGUUCACCCUGCGGGACUGCAACAGCAUGCCUGGCGUGCUGGGCACCUGCAAGGAGACCUUCAACCUCUACUACCUGGAGUCGGACCGCGACCUGGGUGCCAGCACACAGGAGAGCCAAUUCCUCAAAAUCGACACCAUUGCAGCCGAUGAGAGCUUCACGGGCGCCGACCUGGGCGUGCGGCGCCUCAAGCUCAACACGGAGGUGCGCGGAGUGGGCCCCCUCAGCAAGCGCGGCUUCUACCUGGCCUUCCGCAUUGGCGCCUGCCUCGCCAUCCUGUCUCUCCGCAUCUACUACAAGAAGUGCCCCACCAUGGUGCGCAACCUGGCCGCCUUCUCGGAGGCAGUGACAGGGGCCGACUCGUCCUCGCUGGUGGAGGUGCGGGGCCAGUGCGUGCGGCACUCUGAGGAGCGGGACACGCCCAAGAUGUACUGCAGCGCCGAGGGCGAGUGGCUGGUGCCCAUUGGCAAGUGCGUGUGCAGCGCCGGCUACGAGGAGCGGCGGGAUGCCUGCGUGGCCUGUGAGCUGGGCUUCUACAAGUCGGCUCCCGGGGACCAGCUCUGCGCCCGCUGCCCUCUGCACAGCCACUCUGCAGCCCCUGCUGCCCAGACCUGCCGUUGUGACCUCAGCUACUACCGCGCAGCCCUGGACCCACCGUCUGCAGCCUGCACCCGGCCACCCUCGGCACCGGUGAAUCUGAUCUCCAGUGUGAAUGGGACAUCUGUGACCCUGGAGUGGGCCCCUCCACUGGACCGCGGUGGCCGCAGUGACAUCACCUACAAUGCUGUGUGCCGCCGCUGCCCCUGGGCCUUGGGUCACUGCGAGACAUGCGGGAGCAGCACCCGCUUCGUGCCCCAGCAGACCAGCCUGGUGCAGGCCAGCCUGCUGGUAGCCAACCUGUUGGCCCACAUGAACUAUUCCUUCUGGAUAGAAGCCGUCAAUGGCGUGUCUGACCUGAGUCCCGAGCCCCGCCGGGCCGCCGUGGUCAACAUCACCACGAACCAGGCAGCCCCAUCCCAGGUGGUGGUGAUCCGCCAGGAGCGGGCAGGGCAGACCAGUGUCUCGCUGCUGUGGCAGGAGCCGGAGCAGCCCAACGGCAUCAUCCUGGAGUACGAGGUCAAGUACUACGAGAAGGACAAGGAGAUGCAGAGCUACUCCACCCUCAAGGCUGUCACCACCAGGGCCACUGUCUCAGGCCUCAAACCGGGCACCCGCUACGUGUUCCAGGUCCGAGCCCGCACCUCGGCAGGCUGCGGCCGCUUCAGCCAGGCCAUGGAGGUGGAGACCGGGAAACCCCGGCCCCGCUACGACACCCGGACCAUUGUCUGGAUCUGCCUGACACUCAUCACUGGCCUGGUGGUGCUUCUGCUCCUGCUCAUCUGCAAGAAGAGGCACUGCGGCUACAGCAAGGCCUUCCAGCACUCGGACGAGGAGAAGAUGCACUAUCAGAACGGCCAGGCACCUCCACCCGUCUUCCUGCCCCUGCACCAUCCUCCAGGGAAGAUCCCAGAGCCCCAGUUCUACGCAGAACCCCACACCUAUGAGGAGCCAGGCCGGGCGGGCCGCAGUUUCACCCGAGAGAUCGAUGCCUCCAGGAUCCACAUCGAGAAAAUCAUCGGCUCUGGAGAGUCUGGGGAAGUCUGCUACGGGCGGCUGCGGGUACCAGGGCAGCAGGACAUGCCCGUGGCCAUCAAGGCCCUCAAAGCCGGCUACACGGAGAGGCAGCGGCAGGACUUCCUGAGUGAGGCGUCCAUCAUGGGUCAGUUUGACCACCCCAACAUCAUCCGCCUUGAAGGUGUCGUCACCCGUGGCCGCCUGGCAAUGAUCGUGACCGAGUACAUGGAGAACGGCUCUCUGGACGCCUUCCUGAGGACUCACGAUGGGCAGUUCACCAUCAUGCAGCUGGUGGGCAUGCUCAGAGGAGUGGGCGCCGGCAUGCGCUACCUCUCAGACCUGGGCUACGUCCACCGCGACCUGGCCGCCCGCAACGUCCUGGUUGACGGCAACCUGGUCUGCAAGGUGUCUGACUUCGGGCUCUCACGGGUGCUGGAGGACGACCCCGACGCCGCCUACACCACCACGGGAGGGAAGAUUCCCAUCCGCUGGACCGCCCCCGAAGCCAUCGCCUUCCGGACCUUCUCCUCCGCCAGCGACGUGUGGAGUUUCGGAGUGGUCAUGUGGGAGGUGCUGGCCUACGGGGAGAGGCCCUACUGGAACAUGACCAACCGGGACGUCAUCAGCUCUGUGGAGGAGGGGUACCGCCUGCCUGCGCCCAUGGGCUGCCCCCACGCCCUGCACCAGCUCAUGCUUGACUGCUGGCACAAGGACCGGGCCCAGCGGCCUCGCUUCUCCCAGAUUGUCAGCGUCCUGGAUGCGCUGAUCCGUAGCCCUGAGAGUCUCAGGGCCACAGCCACUGUUAACAGGUGCCCACCCCCUGCCUUUGCCCGGAGCUGCUUUGACCUCCGUGGGGGCGGGGGUGGCAGCGGGGGCCUCACCGUGGGGGACUGGCUGGACUCCAUCCGCAUGGGCCGCUACCGGGACCACUUCGCUGCCGGGGGGUACUCCUCGCUGGGCAUGGUGCUACGUAUGAACGCUCAGGACGUGCGUGCCCUGGGCAUCACCCUCAUGGGCCACCAGAAGAAAAUCCUGGGCAGCAUCCAGACCAUGAGGGCCCAGCUGACCAGCACCCAGGGACCCCGCCGGCAUCUCUGACCGAACCCAGCCAGCCCGGGUCAUGCCCGCCAUCAUGGACUUGCAGGGUGGCCACUCCAGGCCUUUGUCCCUCCUCCUUGGCUGCCUUCCUCUCGGGUACCAGGGAGGCCGAGGACUCCGCUGCCAGACCUGGAGUUAUCCCGGGUCGGGCCACCUGGGCAGAGACGUUUUGGUGCCCAGCACGGCAGGGACCCCUGCCCCCAGGACAGAGGGCCUUCUCUUUCCCAGAGGCUGGGGCCUCAAUGCCACUGGGCCCAACAGAGAUGUCGCUCACCUGCCUCCAUGUGCGUGUGUGUGCACGUGUGUGUGUGUGCAUGUGUGCACUCACAUGCUCUAGGGGUGUGUUCUCACGAGGUCACGGGAGCCCUUGUGAGCAGGUGUGAUCAUGUGUGUGUGUGCUCGCCUGUCAGGUCCCAGCAUGGAUGUGUGCAGGUUAUGGUGCACAUGCUUAUUUGUUAAGGCUGGGGGCGCAUGGGUGUGACCAGGGACAGCAUGUCAUGAAUGAGGAUGUGUGUCACAAGCAUGAGGGUGCGUGAGCAAGAACUCGGUGUGACACUACCCAUCAAAUGUGGGCUCAGCUCCCAGUACCCGCAGGGUCAAGGUGAGGCUCACUUCCACCUCCCCCACGCCUGGAGGCUGGAGCCAGGGGCUACUUCCGAACCGCACCAGCACCAGGCCCACCUUGGUCUCCUCCCGGGUGAGCCCACCCCGGCUCUACCUCAGGUCUGAGCUCUCCCUCUAGCUGGUAGGAGGGCCACCUGCAUCCUCCACCUGGCUCCAACUACUGCUUCAACAGGAAAACAGGGUUCUCGGCCACCCUUCUGGCCACCUUCUGUGUAGGCGUCAUCACAUGAGAUGCCCUCAGCUGAACUUGGCUCCCUGGCCAGGGGCCAGGGGCCAGGGGCCACCAACUUUCCUCCAGUCUCUGAUGCCCCUCCACGGAAGUCCCUCUGCCAACCUCACUGCCCAGCCCUGGCCUGCCCCCCAGCCCCGGCCUGCCCCCCAGCCCCCUGCCUAGGAUCAGGGACCAUAAGAUCCUAGCUUUUCAGCCCUGAGUCCAUCCCUCCUGCACCUUCUGGGCAGACAAAGGGAGUGUGCCUUGUCCAAGGGCACAUGGCAGCCAAGUUUCAGAGCUAAGCCUCCUCCCAGGGCUCUCUCCCAACAUCCUCCCAUGCAGGCGGCUAUGGGUGGGAGAGGGUUUGGGAAGCCCCCCACCCCGAGACUGCCCCUACCCUCUACGGCCCACCAGGGUAUGUAAAUAUCUUUUUUUUCUACCAUGUCAGAAAAUUUUUUCCUCACUCCUGACAAUGCAAAAAUGGUCUUCAAAGCACAUAAAAAGCACCCAGGGUGAGAAAGCCCCAUCCCAGGGGAAGCUGGCAGGGCCCAAGGAACCCCAGCAGGCAGGAUGCCAGGCGACCCCUGCCGGCCCCAAGGGAGGGGUCAGCCCAGCCCCCACCCCCUGCCCUGCCCUCCCUGUAGCCAGCACAGCUGUUGCGCGGAGCCACCAGCACUGAGCCCCCUCUCCCUCCUGCAAUAAUUCGGGGAACCUCAGCCCCGCCCAGGUGCCGCGGCCAGCUCUCUACACCUCUAUAUAUUAUAUUACUAUAUAGCCGAGCUGUUCUUCCUUCCUAUGGAAGUUGGAAACAUGGUCAGAACACGAUCCAGGGAGGACCCUGUCUCCUCCCAGCCCCACCCCACUCUCACCCAGUUCCUGGGCUCUGGAUUCUUACAGUUGGGGGGAUGCAGUGGGCGUGGCACUUGGGAAAGUGUGACCCCUGUCCCCACUGUGAGGUGCCCCUCAGGGUCCCAGGGAUCUGCCUCUCUGUGGUCUCCAUCCUGAAUCUUGAACUUGCCCACAAUGAGAAUAAAUUCUGCCUCAUCUUU